AUGACCGACACUUACGAAAAGUCGCCGCCGGCGACGGCAUCGGCUGCGGUACCCGCGCCGACCUCGGCCGCCGCGGCUGACCUCACGCCCUGGUGGGCCGGCCGCAGCGCCGAAGCCAGCCAUGCCGCCGACGUCGAGCGCAGCAUGAGCAUCCGCGAGGCCCUGCGCCUCUACCCCAAGGCCAUCUUCUGGUCGUGCGUCAUCACGCUCGUCAUCAUCAUGGACGGCUACGACACCGCGCUCAUCGGCUCCUUCUUUGGGUACCCGACCUUCCAGCAGCGCUUCGGUGUCCUGACCGACCCCCUCAAGAACUCUUACCAGGUGGAAGCCAAGUGGCAGACGGCCCUUGGUCUGUCCAACCCGCUCGGCGGCAUCGUCGGUAUUUUCCUCAACGGUAUCCUGACGGAGCGCUUCGGCCACAAGAAGGUGUUGCUCGGUGCCAUUACCUGGCUCACGGGCACCAUCUUCAUCGUCUUUUUCGCGCCCAAUAUUCAGGUCCUCUUUGCCGGCGAGCUCCUUUGCGGUCUGUCUUGGGGUGUGUUUACGACCAUGGGCCCGGCGUAUGCGUCCGAGGUCGCCCCUGUGGCCCUCCGCGCCUACCUCGAGAUUUUUGUCGUGACCUGCUGGGGCAUUGGCCAGCUCGUCUCCAACGGCGUUCUGGACGGUCUCAACGGCAAGCACGGCCAAUGGGGCUGGCGCAUUCCCGUGGCCGUCCAGUGGGUGUGGCCCGUUAUUAUCGUGCCUCUGGUCAUCUUCUGUCCCGAAUCACCAUGGUGGCUAGUGCGCAAGGGCCGCCUGGCCGAGGCCGAGCACUCCUUCCGCCGGCUGUCGUCGGUCGGCCCCGACGAGGCCAAGGCCGCCGUGGCUCUCAUGGUCGAGACCACUGAGCUGGAGCGCAGCCUGGCCGAGGGCGAGAGCUACGCCGACUGCUUCAAGGGCGACCACCUGUGGCGCACUGAGAUUACGUGUGUCGCCUGGGUCUGCCAGGUGCUCGUGGGCUUUGCCAUUGUCAACUACGCCACCUACUUCUAUGAGCAGGCCGGUCUGCCCGUCGCCGCAGCCUACAAGAUGUCAGUCGGUCAGUCCUCGCUGCACUUUGUCUGCAACGUGCUCUCUGUCUUUGUCAUGACGCGCUUCGGACGCCGCACCACCUUUUUGUACGGCGCCGCCCUGAUGGCCACGUGCAUGUUCAUCAUCGGCUUCAUAGCCCUCCCCAAGCAGACGGCAGGCACCGGCUACGCCUCGUCCGCCCUGUUCCUACUGUGGUUUGCCGUCUACGAGCUGACGCUGGGUCCCGCCACGUACGUUAUCGUCGGCGAGACCUCGUCCACCAAGCUGCGCUCCAAGACCAUCGCUUUGGCUCGCAAUGCAUACAAUGUCUUCAACAUCAUCAGCCUGACAGUGUCGCCGUACGUCCUCAAUCCGACCGAGGGCAACUGGAAGGGCAAGACGGGCUUUUUGGCUGGUGGCUUCUGUCUGCUCUGCUUCGUCUGGGGCUACUUCCGCCUACCCGAGUGCAAGGGCCGCACCUACGAGGAGCUCGACAUUCUCUUCAACAAGCGCGUGGGUGCCAAGGACUUUUCGACGUACAUCAUUGAGAUGGACGUUGUGGUCGAUGAAAAGACGGCGGCGACCACUGCCGUGGAGCAUCGCGAGUAA